AUGUCAGAAGCCGAAAUUCCUGUUGACAAAAUUCACGACAUGAUCAAACAGCUGUUCUACGGCUUCAGUACAAUCCAGAAGACGCGUCGCGAGGUGUGGGAGUUUAUAAAAACACAAAAAGGACUUGCGGAGAGGUUGAGAAGAGCCGCCGAAUUUGGAGAAAAAUUACCGGACGCAAUAAAUUUGGACUUGAGUAUGGAGGAAAAAGAAAAGGAAAAAGAUGACUCAUUCGGUGAACCGAGUGAAAAAAGACCAAGAACAACGUCUCCAGAAUUUUCUGGAAGACCCAUCACGCCGAAUCCAGCUGACGAGGAGCUGUAUCCGGAUUCAGAUGAUGAACCAAUGCAUGAUUCGGAAAAUGAGGAUGAGGAAGAGGAUAAGGUUUUGAUAGAGGAUGAGGAUAUGCCAAUAUUCAACCUGGCUUAUAUAAGACAAAAAUUCGAAUAUUUCGCCGAAAAAUAUGUGAGAAUUCAGAAGAGUCGAGAAGAGAGAGGAACGUUGGUGUGGGAUGAGAAAAUGGUUAUAAGAGUACUCUACCUUCGUCGAAUUUCCCGAAAAUGUCGAGCAGCAAUGAUCGACUUGAAAAUCCCAAUAAAAAAGUUUCACUGUGUUGUGGAAAACGAUUUCAUUCAAUUUGUGAUUUUCUGCUCUGGAAAACCAGGUGAAGAACUGAACAUUCGAUAUCAUAGAAGAAGUCAAGAAUAUCUAGAAUUCGCAUAUGGAGAAAAUUCUGGAAGAUUUUUCAACGAUAAACGAGAAACCGGUGGGAUGUUGGAUAUGAUGUAUUUGCUCAAAAAACUGCCAAAACCGCUACGGGAGUUGAAAUUCGAAGCUGAUAAAGAAUGCCAUCCAACUCGGCUGAACUAUCAUUUGAUUUUCGAAUCCUUCCGUCGAAUUGCGAAAUCAUGGAAUCGAUAUAUCGAGGUUGAAAAGUUAAGAAUCCAGAUUAAAGGAUUCUUGAGAUCCGCUGGAUAUGAUAACAAGAUAAUGCGAUCAGUUCUGAAACGUCUGAAACCGGGAACACUGUCUACUCUGGAAGUGAGAACAAUGCUUGGAUGGGGAAAUGAAUUAGGGGAUCAUGUGUUCUUGCAUCCAGUCACAAUGACUGAGCAAUGGAGAAAAAUUAAGAUCCUGGAUAUUCGAAGUGCAAGAGCAUUGCAUAAUUGGUACAUGUAUAGAGGUUUUCGAUUGGUUUGGACACUAUUUUUGAGCACGAAGGAUGUGGAGGAUGUGAUGACGAUUUUCUCCGACUACCCACCAUUUCAAGGUGGCCAAGGAUUCACACUGAACACCACCGACGAAAUCGACCUUCAUUUGUUCAAAAGUGUCGCCAAAUAUCAUUCCAAACUGAUUGUAAUGAUAAACGCACCCACUAAAAACGCCCGCCACCGUCUAUUUUUCCGUGCCAAGCGCGGUCAUGUUGUCGGUAUUUCGAUCAGAGAGACAUCAAUGCAAAUCAGUGUCGUCUGGCCAAAAAAUUACAAUACUAUUGAUUUCCCGACUCUUCCACCAGAGGUUACUGGAUUGUCUUUGAAUGAACCGGGUCCGUCGACUGCUGGACAAAUUAGUCCGUAA